GGAAGGAGGAUCCGACCAACGCACACACUCUUCUCCAUCCUCUCCUUCUCCUGCAUCCCCUACUACUACUACUACUACUACUACUCAGAGAGAGAGAGAGAGAGAGAGAGAGAGAGAGAAAGAGAAGAGAGACUACUCUACUACUACUACUACUACUGAGAGAGAGAGAGAGAGAGAGAGAGAGAGAGAGAGAGAGGUGGCCGAGGGAGAAGCCGAAGUGAUGGGUGUCAUGACCAGCUAAUAGCUGACAAGGUUGAACUUUGAGAAAGAGGAAGGAAGCGGGAAGGGAUCGUAAGAGCGUCGGGGAUCGGUAGUGCUUUUCAGAAAACGACAAGAAGUGGAGGCCGUAUUAAGAGUUAGAAAUGGCGGCAGCAGCGGCAGCCACCAAUUGCGCGACGAGAACUGGAGUACUGCAGUCGUCAUUAGCGACGGAGCAUAAGCAGAAUGCGGCGCCCGAUUCCGGGAGGGUUGAGGGGAGUUUGUUCAUGGGCAAGCCGGUGGGCACUUCGACCUCAGGUGCCCUGGACUCUGGCUCUGUUGCAUUGCCUGCAGACUACAAUGGUUGCUCCGCCGUUGAGGAUCGCAAGAGGGGGAACGGUAUAAAGACCUCUGCGGUCUCACAGCCGAUGACAACAACAGAGGCGAAGUCGGCUGCCAGCGGCCGGUCGCAAUUGCAGGACUCUCCUCUGCCUACUAAGCCCACAAUUUUGGUAGCUGAGAAACUAGAUAAGCAGGGCAUCGAACUGCUGAAGGAGCAUGGGAAUGUGGACUGUUCGUACAAUCUGACGUUGAAGGACUUGUGUGCCAAGGUCUCGCUGUGUGAUGCGCUCAUUGUCCGCAGCGGAACGAAGGUGACGCGCGAGGUGUUUGAGGCGUCGCGAGGCCGACUCAAAGUUGUUGGACGGGCUGGAGUUGGAAUCGACAAUGUUGAUCUCGAGGCUGCAACAGAAGCAGGCUGCCUCGUGGUGAACGCGCCGACCGCAAAUACAGUGGCAGCAGCUGAGCAUGUGAUUGCGUUGAUGACUUCUCUUGCUCGCAAUGUGGCACAAGCAAACGCCAGCAUGAAGCAGGGAAAAUGGGAGCGGGCCAAGUACACUGGAGUCUCCUUGGUCGAUAAGACGCUGGCGAUCAUGGGAUUCGGGAAGGUUGGAUCGGAAGUUGCUAGGCGAGCGAAGGGGCUAGGAAUGAAGGUCGUAGCAUACGAUCCGUAUGCUGCGCAAGACCGUGCACGUGCAAUCGGUGUGGAGCUUGUAAGCUUUGACGAGGCUCUGCAAACUGGCGACUUCUUUUCGCUCAACAUGCCACUGACGCCGUCCACGGCGAAGAUCUUUAACGACAGCGCAUUUGCGAAGAUGAAGGGCGGUGUGCGCAUUAUAAAUGCGGCACGUGGUGGCGUCAUUGACGAUGAUGCACUCAUUCGUGCACUGGACUCGGGGAAAGUCGCCCAAGCAGGGCUGGAUGUCUUUAGCGAGGAGCCUCCUCCCAAGGAUAGCCCACUGUUGGCCAGAGAGGAUAUCGUUGUCACGCCUCAUCUUGGCGCCAGCACAAUCGAGGCGCAAGAGGGAGUCGCAAUUGAGAUUGCAGAAGCUGUUAUUAAUGGGCUGCAAGGCACAUUGUCUUCCACGGCAGUGAAUGCACCAAUGAUUCCCAGCGAUCUUAUUGCCGAGCUCGAGCCGUACACUGUACUGGCACAGAGGCUGGGCCGCAUAGCCGUCUCGCUUGUUGGUGGCACUAAAGGCAUCCGCGAUGUGACGAUCACGUACCGUACAAGCCGGGAUGGCACGGAUCAUGAUACGCGCCUGCUGCGCGCAUUUGUGAUCAAAGGACUUGUGGAGCCCAUCGUUUCCGACACAGUUGUUAACAUUGUUAAUGCUGAUGUGAUUGCGAAACGACGAGGGCUGCGAAUUACGGAGGUUCGGCAGUCUGCGGACGGGGAUGAUGAUGUACCGGUGGAAUCGAUUCUCGUUCAGGUUAACGGGAGCGAGUCAAAGUUUGCCAGCUCACUUGCUGAGGACGGCAGCAUAUCGGUUCUGGGACGAGUCGAGAGUGGCAUUCCUCACUUGAUGAAAGUCGGCCAGUUCUCUGUGGAUGUAGUAUUGGAGGGAGGUGUCAUCUUUUGUCGGCAGCGUGACGAGCCAGGAAUGAUCGGCCGUGUGGCAUCUCUUCUCGGUAGCGGCCAUGUAAACGUAUCGUUUAUGAGUGUGACGAGGCACCGGCCUAAGGAGCUUGCGAUCAUGGCGAUAGGAGUCGACGACGUACCGACCGAGGAGCUGCUGGCAGAGAUAUCACAUAUCCCGCACAUUGAGGAGAUGGUGUACUUAAACAUCAACUGAUUUUGCCGAUUGAUCGUCAACUGCAUCAUGGUGCUUCGAAACGCACACAGGUUUCGACCGGCGGCCGACCGAAAAAGAGACGAUGCAGCGCUUGUCGCUUUUGUUUUGAUGAUGGAAAAUGUCAUGGGAGAAAAGAGUGGCACAACAUAAUGCACAGAUAUCGCCGUUGGAAGAGACUAGGGACGCCGAUGGGAUCUUGGUUCAUAACUGCAUACGGAAGCCGCAUGCUCAUCCUCAAAGAAUACACAUAUAGGGCCUCACUCCACUACUACCUGGAGCUAACGAUUGUCCAGAUACAUUCGAAAUGCUGGACUCCUCCGAAUGGACAUGGUCCAAGAGGGUGUCCAAAUGCAUGUAGAAUCUUGAGUGGUGGAGCGAGUCCCAUAAGCUGUUGUUUUUGCUGCUGUUGUUGCAGGAGAGGAGAGGGGAGGAAAAUCGCAAGUUUGGUACUUAACCGACGUCGGUUCAGUCGGAAGCUCGACAAAAGGAAAAGGUUGUCUCCAUAUACCACACUGGCCACAGAUCUGGGCAAUUGGAUCAUAAAAGAGUGUUCAGUGCCCCUCCCUCGUGGGGGCGGCUUCGGUCAUAGUUUGGGAUAUUGCAGCACAAUGCGUAGAUAUGUGGCUGCACUUGGACGGAAAGGUCUUCACUGCCUCCCUUCGUUGCUGACUGCUAAACACAGGUAACUCUGGUUUCAACCGCCACCAACCACUACCUCUCCCAACUUCCCUCCGCUUAUUAUCAGGUAGUGCCCCAUUCCUUUUUGAGCUGGCCACUUGGAAUUUUUUGACACUUGGUGGCCAGGUGAUAAGGCCAGCACUUGUGUUUUGAGCUGGCUGCACUUGAGGUACUGUCUCUCUGCAGGGGUUAAUCUCUUGUGUCAGGGGGUAGUAGCAGUCUUAAGUUCUUAACAGAUAGAAAAUAUGACAAAACACACACACACACAAUCAUAUAUAUGUUGAUGUCCACUUGUGUAGGCUGCUGGCUGCACUUGAGGUACUGUCUCUCUGCAGGGCGUAGUAGCAGAUCUUAACAGAUCUGCUCUCUCAAAUCCUCCUGAUUUGUCAGGAGGCAGUAGCAGUUUAAGUUGGUUUAACAGAUCUGAUCUCUCCAAUCCUUUUUUUUUUUUUUUUUCUUCUCUCAAAUCCUCCGAAAUUCCGAAUGAAUUCCAUAAUGUUAGGGGCCACAUGCUUCAGAAAAACGCGAAAGACGAAAAACGAAGCAGAAAAGAAGUAAGAUCGAGAGGGCGAUUAGAUACAAUGCGCAUCUCUGAAUGUCGCAUGGUGCAUCCUUAGUUUUUCUUUUCACAUAUUGGGUGGACGCAAUUGCAGUCAGAUUCAUCUACGUCGGGCCGUAAUUGCAGUCAGAUUCAUCUACGUCGGGCUGUAAUUGCAGUCAGAUUCAUCUACGUCGGGCCGUAAUUGCUGUCAGAUUCAUCUACGUCAGGCCGUAAUUGCAGUCAGAUUCAUCUACACCGGGCCGUAAUUGCAGUCAGAUGCAUUUGGCAAAGUGCCAGUUGAUCGGGCCUCGCCACACCACUCUUGAAGAAAUGUGAAAAAGACAAAUGUGGCGGGUGCAUCUGGCCGUAUACUAGCGGGAAGUUCAUUCUCAUUUUGCAGAUUUUGAGACUGGUGUGACGAUCCCCAUCUUCCAGUCUCCAUGGCUUAGAGUUGUCAGAAUUAGCAUGGUUAAAAUAUCAUCAACAUCCGCCGAUCUUCGUCUUAUUCUCGCGGGCUCUGUUUUUUGGUUUUGUCCUCUCUUUUCGAGUCUCUUGUCCAUUUCCCACAAUAAUAGUCGGGUCGAUGCAUGCCAGCGUGCAUAAUUCCCAAUGCAGCACAGAUGUGCUGUGCUAUCCUUUCCUUCUCCUUAGCUCUUUUAGAAGCGAGAAAUAAUGAGAAAUAAUCAGAAAUUGUCAUUAACUCAGAAAAGAAUCUCUAUCUCUAUCUCUAUCAAGGCUCUAUUCUGACCAUGGUUUAGACAGAGGUAAGAUUGCCUGUUAGACAGAGAGGUAACAUGCCUGUUAGACAGAGAGGUAAGAUGCCUGACCAUGGGUUUGUCAUUAACUCAGAAAAGAAUCUGUAUCAGUGAUCUCGGACGAUGGUCGAGCCGGAGAGGUAUAAGAUGCCUGACCAUGGGUUUUGUCAUUAACUCAGGAAAAGAAUCUCUAGCAAGGCUCUCUUACCAUGGGUUUAGACUCUAGAGUCUUUAGACAGAGAUGAGAUGCCUGACCAUGGGUUGGACAGAGAAGUGGGCUCCCUAACCGCGGUUUGCAGACUGCAUCAUCGAGUCCUUGAGUAGUCGGAAGAUGUUGGAGUGUUCGUCCUCUAGUUGUUCUUGAUUAGCUGGAGGAUGGACACAAGCCUGGCGGGUCUUUGGCCUGUCGUCGCCGGAAUGCAGGGAAGUGGCGAUGACCGUCUUCCUCCUACUGCCGAGUACCAUGAAGGACACACGUAUGCUUACUUCCACGGGGAUUUUCUCUCAUUGCUGUGGACGCUGGUGGAGACAAUUGGCUGUACCACCAGCGUGGAGUUGAACUCUCACAUGCAACCGGCGGACUCUGGUAUGGUGUUCUUUAGUGCAGGUUUCUCCUGUGAGAAGUUUCACGGCAAUGACGAUGAAGGAUCUGGAAAUUGAGGAUUAAAUGUUUGCAUGUUAAAAAAAAUGCAGUCACUGCAAAUUUGCUGACAAUGCU